AUGAGCUCGCAGCGCUAUCAGCGGGUUAACGCUCGAGACGACGACGAGGAAGCCGACUCCCAUUCGGCAAUCCCUCUUCAUACGACUGCAACACCAUCCUCCCCACCGCCCUCCUUUCGCUCUCGUUCCUCCUCUCUCACGUCAAGACGCCUUCUCCACAAUAAUGACAAUCAUCGAAACGAUGCAGACCAGACGCUCGCCGACGCCUUUGGCGAUGGAAGCGAUUCAGAGGCAGAUGACGAACCCGAUGACCGACAGCGGCUGAUGCGGGCACAUCCGGAACCAUCUCGUUCACCAGCCAACAGUGGCGCUUCCUCGUCGUCUGCAGCAAGCUAUGAACAGUCAUCCCAGCAACCCAGCCAGCCUAGUAACGGUCUCCAGCGAAGACUAACAAUCCUACCAAGUUUCAACACCUCUCCAGGCCCGGGCCGCGUGAUCAAUUCUUCGAAUGAUGGAGUAUUCGCCAACUUGGCCGCCAAGCCAGAACGGGGAGAGAAGAACGAGGAUUUACCACCGUCCUACGAGGAAGCCGCCGCAGAUGCCACCCCACCGUACUGGGAGACCACCAUCUUGGCUCCUGGCAUCUCGUCCGACGAGGUGUACGUAGAUGGGCUGCCGGUCGGCUCCGUCUUCUCCUUCGUUUGGAACGCAAUGAUCUCCAUGUCCUUCCAGCUCGUCGGAUUCCUCCUGACGUACCUCCUUCACACCACACACGCAGCGAAAAACGGUAGCAGAGCUGGUCUCGGCCUCACAUUGGUGCAGUACGGUUUCUACAUGAAAGGAGGCGACGAGUCACGGGGAGACGAUGGCGGUGCGGACUAUGUCGCUCCGUCGGAUCCCAAUAGCCACACUUUCGAUCCCAAUGCGGUAUCGGAAAACACCUCCGGCUCCGACGGUGGAGGUGGUGCUGUUUCCGCGAUCACGACAAACGAGUGGAUCUCCUACGUGUUGAUGAUUGUCGGCUGGUUCAUCCUGAUACGCGCAAUCAGUGAUUUCCUACGUGCGCGACGCCACGAGCAACUGGUGCUGCAGAGUCCCGACCGUGGUCUCCCUGUGCCGGUCAUUGCGACGAACGAGCGGUCGGAGACCGUGGUCUAA